AUGGCGGUCGUGAUGUCAGGCCGACCCAACACGGUCCGCCUGGUGUUCCUCGGAGCCGCGAACGUCGGGAAAAGCGCGCUCAUCCUCCGCUUCCUCCACGACCGUUUCGAGCACAAGUACACGCGCACGGUGGAGGAGCUGCACGCGCUGGAGUACGACACGGCGGGCUCCGGGAAGAUGCGCAUGGAGAUCCUGGACACCAGCGGCAGCUACCCGUUCCCGGCCAUGAGGGAGCUCUGCAUCCGCCACAGCGACGCCUUCGCCUUGGUCUACGCCGUGGACGACCCGGGUUCGUUCGAGGAAGUGCGGCGUCUGCGUGACGAGAUCCUGGAGCUGAGGGGCGCAAAGAACGCGCCCAUCACCGUAGUGGGCAGCAAGUCCGACCUGACCCACAGCGACGGGCGCGUGCUGCUGGCGGCUGACGUCAUGGCCGUGGUGGAGGACGAGUGGGACGCGAACUUCGUGGAGGCGUCCGCGCUCACGGGCGGCAACACGGUGGGGGUGUUCCGCGCGCUGCUGCAACAGGUGAAUCUGCCCCACGGGCUGAGUCCGGCUGUGGGGAGGCGCAGGGACACGAUGCCCAGACCCACCCCCAAGAAAAGACCCCCACUGAAGAAGACCAACAGCUGCAUCCUGUCCUAGCACGGACAGCUGGACUGAAGGACCUGCAGCUGGACUGCAGACCCACACCCGCACCCGGACCCGGGGUGCCGAGGGUCCCCAUGUGAAUCCACUG